UUGCCAGUUUGGCAGCUUGAAAACUCUUUUGCAUUUUGGUCUGAACAACCAUUUCCUGCACGAAACGCAUGGAAAGCGAAACGAACUGUGCCACCAAUGGAGAGCCGAAGGAUAGCCGAUUGUGCCGGUGGCAGGACUAUAAGAUGCGGCAACAUUCAACGCACGAGCGGAGUCGCGUCAGCAGCGUCGAAACAAACGCAACACGGAAUCCAAAGAUAGGAAAAUAUUUUCGGUUUUUGGUGUUGUGCCGCAAGAAUUUCGAAACAAAAUAAAAAUUCAACGUAUGGCAAGAAAAGGCCUAGAAAAAGAACAAGGAAAAUAAAGAGUUUUCGCGUUUCUCUGUGUGGCUUGUUAGUGGAAUUUCUGUGCCUCUCUCUUUCCUGUUGCUUUGGCCAGUUUUUACGAGUUUCAUCUGAAUUUUUGGACUGCGAAAAGAUAACCCACACACACGCACACACCAGGACACCGACAAAGAAGGAUAAGGACACGCAUAUGCUAUAAAAGUGCCUGCCUUUAGGUUAUUUGGCCAAAAAGCAUCAAGCGUUAACCAUCAAACAUAGAGGCAUCCAGCGUCCAACAUGUGUCGACUUUGUACAAUGCUGUUGCCAAGUCAAAGACGACAUCGACCACAGCGCACGGCUGUGAUGGGGCAAUGAGACAAGGACCCAUGAGCCCCGAGACAACAACUACCACACUGAAGACUAACCAAGACCGCAAAGCAGCGGUGGCAUGCAAUCUCAAGUGCUACAGUCUUGGCCCAUGUGCCAUAUAGUCGCAUAAGGAACUCUUGGCAAUCAGACAGCCAGACUAAAAGACACACACACACACACUCAGAGAAAGGGAGAAGAACAGCGAGAAGGAAAACGUCAGAGAAGUAGAGUGACACACACACACAGAAAAAGAGAGACAAAAUCAACAAGGAGGAUACCAGAGGCCAAGCAAGCUUUGAGCUUCAGGGCCCGUCAUGUUGCGCGAUAUCUUUCUAUAUUUAGUUCUAAUCGUUUUAUUUUGCUUUAUUUUCAUGGCACAGUUAAUCGUCAACGUUUACGCUUUCCAACGCCAACCGACUGCCGCCCAGAAGGCAGAACGCAAUGAAAUUAUAUUUGUCUAGGCGGUGUCGGUGUGGUCGGGUGGGCGGCUCUGGUGCGGCAGUUCUUGCUGUGGCCGAACAAAGGCAAAUACAGCGGCCCAGGGCAAAAAGUCAAGCCGCUCUGGUGGUUUCUCUUUAACUUGAAACGAAAAAUCAAAGAAAACCCAGGAAAAAGUAGAGAAAAAACGCGGAAAAAAACGAAACUCACACAUAAAUGAAAUGUUGACUGGCGAGUCGAGAUAAACCCGCUAAGAACUGGUAAACUAGGUUGCGCACUAAUUAGUUACGGUAGUCUUGGGAGUGC